AUGGAGUCGCCGGAGAAAAGUAUUCGUCGUUCUCUGUCCCUGACGUGUUUGUGUUUGUUUCUUCUUCAGCUGCAGGCGGCUUGGACGGGAGCUGACUGUCCUGCCGAUGGACGCACCUGGGUGCCCUUUAAAGACAGAUGCUACCACUUUGUCCACGGAGAAGAAGACAAACUCAAAGUGUACAAUUUUGAGAAUGCCAAAAGCCUCUGUCCAAACUCUGAGCUCCUGUCCAUCCAGAGUGCUGAGGAGAAUGACUUUGUGGUUAAAUAUAGUCCUGAGGUGUGGAAAGGAGAAGUUAAUGUGUGGCUGGGAAUGUAUUACGAUACAAACAGUGAAGACAUGAUGUGGUUUGACGAGAAGCCGGUGAAGUUCACAAACUGGGAACCGGGUUCUUCCCCGUCGGACUUCGUGCCCAUGGAAACCUGUGUGGCUGUGCACAGCGACACGGGGAAGUGGGAACGUGUCAGCUGCUUGGAUGAUCUGGAGAACGGAGUGGUCUGUGAGACAUCUCAGAAAGCAGAGGAAGCCAAAAAAAAACCCAGCGGACUGCUGUCAGCGCUGGUCAUUGUCAGUGUUAUCGCCAUCAUGGCGGUCUCCGGUGUCAUUUGGUUCCUGCACCAGAAGCGACAUCCUGGCUCCUCCGUCAUCACGGCGUUCGAGUACCACCCGCCGUUCAGAGCGCCCGACGGCGACCGUUCCUGCCUGGUGGAGGCCGAGGAGUUUGAUAGCGGCCCGUAG